AAAGUAGAGAGAGUAGCAGGGUGAGAGUUAAGCUGUAAGGCAGUAAAGUGAGUGAGUGAAUACGUGAAUGAGUGAGUGAGUGAGUGAAACUGAGCUCAGCUUUUUCAACGGUCUAAGCGGCCCCCACGUGCGCUUGCAAGAGAGGACAGACAGACAGACUGACUGACAGACAGGCAGACUGGCAGGCAGGCAGGCAGGCAGGCAGACAGGCCGACCGACCGACCGACCGACCGACCAACCGACCGACCGACCAACCGACCGACAGACAGACAGACAGACAGAGAAGAAGAAGAAACCGUGAACGACGUAGGAUUUUUAGUUUAGCCGUAGUGUUUGGACAUUUUUUACAAAAAUAUGAAGAUGGACUCUCAAACUCCACAGACAAACUCAACUGACGAAAUCCCCAACGAUCCGGGGAAAAUGUUCAUAGGAGGACUAAGUUGGCAAACAACUGGAGAUGGCCUCAGGGAGUAUUUUGGCAAGUUCGGAGAGAUAAAAGAAGCAAUGGUGAUGAAGGACCCAGCUACGAAACGAUCUCGAGGAUUUGGUUUUGUUACCUUUCGUGAUCCUGCAAGUGUAGAAAAAGUACUGGCAAACGGACCACACGACUUGGAUUCCAAGACGGUCGACCCUAAAGUAGCAUUUCCUAGGAAAGCACAACCAAAGAUGGUGACCCGUACAAAGAAAAUAUUUGUUGGUGGAUUAUCAGCAUCUACUACUGUUGAUGAUGUCAGAAAUUACUUUAAUCAAUAUGGCAAGGUUGAAGACGCUAUGCUUAUGUUUGAUAAAACCACAAACAGACAUCGAGGUUUUGGGUUUGUAACCUUCGAAAGUGAAGAUGUUGUAGACAAGGUCUGCGAGAUACAUUUUCACGAAAUAAAUAAAAAAAUGGUCGAAUGUAAGAAAGCUCAACCGAAAGAAGUGAUGUUACCAACCACAUUGGCAGCAAGAGGGCGAGGGCUGACACGGGGAGCCUAUGUGACAACAGAUGGUGACGUUGUGUGGGAUGUCCCAAGUGACCUAAUCAUGCCUGAAUUCUGUUUUUUCCCAACUGGAUUCCCCAGCUACGCAUAUGGUCGCGGCUUCCCAGCGAUAACCCCAGCUGGGUAUUACUAUCCAGAUUUUCAAUUCAUAAGUUGAGGACAUUUGGUUGACUCUGAUAACUUUUAAAGAAAAAUAUACACGCACUCAUACAAAUAUAUAUAUAUAUACACACACAAUGUGUGUGUGUGUAUGUAUGUGUGUGUAUAUUUAUAGAAGAAUCUAUGUAUAUACACUUAUAUGUACAUAGAAAUGUACAUAUUUCAAUACGAGUAUAUACAUACAUACAAACACACACACAUACAUAUACACAAUUGCACUCACACACACAUACAAACACACAAUAUUUGGUGGACUUCCCAAAAUGUGAAGAUGUUGAAUGCAGGAUUAAAUACUUUACAAUUAUUACUAUUACUAUUAUUAUUAUUAUUAUUAUUAUUAUUAUUAUUAUUAUUAUUAUUAUUAUACCAUUUCUUUACAUUAACUACAUCCAUAUAUUAUAUGUACAUAUAUAUAAUAUAUGUAUGUUCGUAUAUGUGUGUUUGUAUAUAAACAUAUCCAUGCAUAUACACGUAUACAUGCAUAUAUAUAUAUAUAUGCAGUUUCUAUGACGAUCAUUUUAAAUCACAUUUAAAAUAAAAAUAAAACAUUUUAACUGAAAACUUGAAACAUGAGAAUUGCCAUUCUAAUUUUUCCAAUCAACCCUCCUCCCUUUCACACCACAACACCACUGUUCACCCGCACCUGAACCAACAUUAUUUAAUUGCUGUUUUUAUUAUUAUUAUUACUAUUAUUAUUAUUAUAUCUUCAUCCCGCCUUUUUAAUUAAUCUUCCCCCACCCCACUUCCACUCAAAUGUAUAAAGAAAAAAAUGGUGAGAAUAAAGUAAUAAACCAAAGAAAACCAAUUCAUGGUGGGGUGUGAAGGGGCUGCAAAUUUAUAGAACAAAAUUAUCCACAUAUUUAAAUGACAAAAAAUAUUUUAAAAAAUUGUAUUGAAAAAGACUUAAAAAUGAUAAAUAAUUAAAACAAAAUAUUUGGACAA